AUUUUCAGAGUAAAGUCAAAAUAUUUUUACACUUUUCUGGCAGCUUUGUUUUUAGUUGAAAUAUGAUAAGUCUUUUGACUAAUGGUGACCGGUCUGAUUGGUGCAGGUGGCAGGAGCUGAGACCAACACAAUAAAGACCAGGCCUGUUUGUAAUAAAGUCACAAAUCCAACAUUAUUUCUUAUUUAGAAUCGGGCAUGAUUUGAAGAGCUUCAUCAAUUCAGAAAAAUACAACAUUGUGUGUUGUUUUUCCUGUUUGAGUCGUGUCGUGAGUAAUGAACAUCAUGUUUAGGUGUCAAACAGGAUGUCAGCAGGGACGGAAAACGGCAAAACACUUCAUGUCUCACAGUUAAAACGUCGUUGCAGCCUUCUGCUGCACAUGUGGCGGAGCUGUAAGAAACAAGCGAAAGAACAAAAAACCCCAACGAUAACGGCUCCAUGCAGUUUGUCCGGCAUAAUUAAAGUCUCUGGAAGCCCAGAAAAGAUUUUACUUGUUUAGAUUGCAUGUUUUGAACUCCACUUCGGAAGUGCUACUGCUCGAAGCUAAGCCGCUACAGUGAAGAGUUUGUCUUACUGAAGGGUGUAAAUAAUGUCUUAAAUUCUUCAGUGGUUUGGCAAAAUCGUCACAGCACAUCAGCGUGGGGUGGAGGAGGCGGCUAACUGAAUUUUCACUUUUGGGUGAACUGUUCAAUUCAGUUCAGUUUAUUUAUAUAGCGCCAAUUCACAACAAAAGUUAUCUCAUGACAAUUUUCCAGUUAGAGCAGGUCGAGACCAAACUCUUCAGUUUGGGUGAACUGUUCCUUUGAACAUCUGUGGAAUUUUACUGACAGCUGCUCAUUCAUCUUCUCUUCUGCUCUUUCACAACAGUCAGACUGGCCGAGGAAACCACAGACGGGGGAGUUUUGCACUUUCUUCUUGGUUGGCAGGACUCUUGCCAUUUGAAAAGUGCGACGAUCUUUAAACCAAUUAUGACUCAUUUUUCAAUUUCUUUUAUUAGCUGAGGAACCUUUGACUUCAUUCUGCCUCCAUUCAAAUGAAUAAAUCAGAAAAGCCUCAUAUGAACAGGGUACUGAACUGAACACGUUACAACAGCAGCCUUUUCAGUUUCAGUCUUUUUUUGUGACUUAAAAUGGACUUCAGCACCUGAUAAUUGUGAAUGAUCUCAUUAUAGUUGUUUAGCUGUAGCCUAUUUUUACACUGGUAUCGUUUUAUAAGUUGACCUGGCCUCAAUGGAAAGUUCUCGUAUCUAAUUAUGUCUGAAACACACCACUGGUGACCUAACUGGCAGCAGCCAGUCAGAGGCCAAGUUAGGAGCUUUUUGUGAUUACAUGAAUGAAUAUAAAUGACAGCUCACAGAAAAAACUGAAACCCAUGCGAGCGACGUUCCUAAACAUCACGGGACGAGCCUCACUCACUGUGAACGCACUUCUGCUUUGUCUCAGAGAUCAGACCAGCAGGCAGUCAAACCUGGUUGGAUUGAAUCAUGGGUAACGUGGCGACUUUGGUUAAGAACUUUUCUCAAUUCCCGAAGAGACACAAGAGUUAUGAGCUCUGGAGGAAUGAACCAGAGGUGGUGCAGGAGGCCCAGCUCCUGUCAGAGCUGUUGGAGCUGCAGGAGGUGGAGCUGUGGAGGGUCCACUGGUGUCUCAGUAAGGACCUCCAGCAGGAGUUCCCCCCGAUCCCCCGACAUUGGUUCCGGUUUGCUGAUGCCCAGAAAACAGCCAAAAUAAUGCUGAGGUGUUACCAUGAGGAAGGGGCGCUGAUGAUGUUAGAAGCGGCCCUGACUGCAAUCAACUACGGUGGUUACGUGCACCACCUCCACCACCAUGUUGAGCCGCCAAUUCCUAGACUGCCUCCAACAUAUGUUCCAGACUUUGUGAAAACUCAGCGCAGGAAUCUGAUCCGCAGGAUUCAGUGGCUGGAUGCCAUUUUUGACACCUUGCAGGACUACGGGAUCCUGAAUGCUGCAAACAGAGAGGCUAUCAACAUCUAUGGAGUCCACAAGGAGAAGAACCGGGCUCUGGUGGACCUGGUCCUGAAAAAGGGGGGCGAAGCACAGGAGGUGUUCCACAAGGUCCUCAGCCAAUCGGAGCCAUUCUUACUGCAAGAGCUGGAAGACGAUCGAAUCACGGAGAAGGAUCCCUCAGAGUCAUCUUUCCUCAUAGAGAUGUUGGACCUUCUGGUCUCAGACGAGCUCAGAUCUUUCCAGUGGUUGGUCAGUCAUCUCAUGGCUGGAGACGGCCGCCCUCCUGUCGGUGUAGAGCAGCUACAGCAUGCAGACAGGCCAACGACGGAGAGAAUUCUGAGAAAACAUUUUGGACCAAAACAAGUGGAAAGCGUCGCCAUGAACAUCCUGCUGAAGAUCGUCCCAACGCUCAGUGUCUGUCUGCGAGGAGAAACAGUGACAUCACAGAGGUCGUCCGAUAUCACAGGGGAGACAAACUUGAACCCGACAGUGGUCGACAUUACGCCUCAAGUCUCUGAGGAUGGCGGCAAGUUCAGGUUGCGUUGCCAGCAGCCCGGCGUUUACCGCUGCAGUCUGACUGGUCUGCUGUUGGAGGGCGUUGGUGAUGUGGUCUACCAAAUGGUUCCUUGGGACCUGGACUUCCUGUCCUCCAAAGGUCUGAGGCCGGCUGGACCGCUGUUCAGAUUCACCCUGCUGACAGGAAUUUUCCACCGACUCCACCUGCCGCACUGCCAGCUGCUCUCAGGUGACGGUCAGCACUUCCUGUCUGUAGCUCACGUCACUGGAGACAGCGUCGACUUCAUCACACCUGGUCAGGUGACAGACAGCCACGUGAUCAUCAGCGUCUCCGGCUUCUCGUGUUUCGGUCUUCUGACACGGGCGUCGUCCAACGAUGCCAUCGGUGGCCUCGUGCUGCCAUUCUACCAGCCCAGCCAUCACUCGUUGUUUGUCCUGCUGCUGCCCAGGAACAUCUGUCUCACGAAGGUGAUAAAGGAGUGGAAGCAACGGAGUAACGCAGAGUAUGUGGAAACAAUAGCCAACUGUGAGCUGAUCCCAAAUCAGAUGUACAAACUGAGCGUGCAGCCCGACGCGUUGGUCCACCCACAGAGCUCAAAAUUUGUGAACUUCAGCGACUACAACAACUUCCUGGCGUCAUUUCAUGUGCAGCUGGCAGCCGAUGUCAACAUGGUGGAGCUCCACCUGAGGAGUCACGAGCCUCCGCAGCAUGUGAUUGGCUGGCUGUUUGGUUCCACAGAGUCCGUGGUGUGGAACCAGCACAUCAUACUGAAAGCUGCAGCCUCCAGUCCCAGUACAGAAGUAUGCGCCUCAGAGUCCACGGAGGUGACCACGCUGCUGCUCAACACGCUGAACUCGCUCGGGCAGGAGGACUUUCAAACCUUCAAGCAUCGUCUGCGUCUGCAGCCUGAUCCGAUCCCCAACUGCCGGCUGGAGGCAGCAGAAAGAACCAAGACUGUGGACUUGAUGGUUCAGCAGUACCACACUGAGGGGGCCAAGAACAUCGCAGAGAACAUCCUGAGGAAGAUGAAGUACAACCAGCUGGCUGAUGUCCUGCACAGGAGAUGACUGAUCUGAAAGCGUAGAAAGAAUGGCUGUCCAGUUUCUGAGUCACUGUUUUCAAACUCAGGAUCCUGUAUGUAAACAGGAUGUGAACCUCCAAGGCUUCAUCCUCGGCUGAGCUGUAACCAUAGUUAGCCUGGUUAGCGAGCCCGUUGUCUGCGAGUAGAUGGAUGUUUAUUAUUUAAUUCUACUUCAUCUCGGCUCAGCAUUUGACAAAGAUGAAAAGCAGGUUGGCGUCAGGGAUACUGCUCGAGGCUCGUUUAAAUCUCACGCAGAGGCAUGUGAUUUGUGUUGUUCCCAGAAGUACGUAUGAAUAUUUAUGAUAAAUUAUUAUUGUCUCUAUCAGACUUUUAUUUUUUCCACCUUUUCUAUUUAUGUUUACUCCAAUUAUUAUUUAUUGUUCAUGUAUGAAAAAAAUCCUAAAUUCCUUUUCACAUUUUUAAUUUGACAGAAUAAUGUGAUUAAUUUACUAUUUUAACUGAAUUUUUAAUGUAAUUGUGUGAUUUUUAAAAUAAAACAAGAACAAGAAUCUUCAUUUCAUAACACACUUAUUUCCUUUUUAAUUUUCCCCAAAAAUAUGUGAAGAUCAACAUGAAGAGAAACACAAACUUUGCAGGAGUCUUGUUAAUCAGACACCUCCCCAGCUUCACUUUUCACACAGAACAGAUGGGACAGUGAACGCCUCACAGAAACAAACAGGUGAGAAGGAAGACGUGGACUGAACCUGUGGAGACUCACCUGGUCUCACCUGGUUUAACACAGAUGCAGGAAAGCUUCCUCUCUGUUUUAUCCACAGGAAACGCUUUUCUCUGCAUGUCUGAGAGGAAACAUUUUUUUCCUAGGAUGAUGAAGGCAAGUAAUGACUAUUUAAAGAGCGGAAUCAACAAGAAGAAAGACAGAUUUUUGACUUGAGGGGGACUUUAAAGAUCAUCCUUGGGUUACUAAUGUCUAAUUGGGAUUUCCAUGUUUUUAAAGACAAAUCUUUUAAUUAAUCCGUUAAUUUAACUAAUGCA